AUGUACCAUUUCGACUGGUUGGAGGAUCAAGUCCGAGAAUUUCCCCUCCUGUACAGAAAACCUUCUCCCCGGAAGAAGAGCCAGCCAGCUCCAACGGUCGUCCACAAAGAGCUCAGUUCCACCAAAAAACUAACAAAAAUUCGUUCCGGACUGAAAGAUCUAUUUAUGGAGUUUUGCCGUCACAGCACGAUCCACGGCAUCAGCCACAUUGGAUCACGGCAUCGAACGCUCUUCGAAAAGUUCUGGUGGGUGGCGGUGUUUAUGCUGUCAAUGUACGGCUGUGGUAAGCUGAUCGACGGGAUGUACCGCAAGUGGGAUGAAAAUCCCGUGAUUGUAACGUUCGACGAGAAGGUCACCCCGGUUUGGGCAAUCCCGUUUCCGGCCGUGACGAUCUGCUCGGAGACGAAGGUCGUACGGAGCAAGGUGAACUUUACGGAGUUGUUUCUACGAUUUGCUUACGGUGAAGGAGUGAAGCUGAAUCAGACGGAGUUAGAUCUGCUGCUGGCAACGCUGCAACUUUGUGACGAGUGGUUCUUUACGAGGCCGGAAUUUGACCACAAGUUUGACAACUACAAGACAAGUGAAAGUAUCGUAAAGAUCCUUCAUCAAAUUUCCCUGACCCCGAACGAUACCAUGUACCAUUGCUGGGAGAACGGUGUCCCGUGCAAGCUAUCAUUCACAGAGUCAAUCACUGAGGAGGGAAUCUGCAUGACCUUCAACGGGUUGAAGUCUGAUGAAAUGUUCCGCACGGAGUACUUACAUUCGGAUUACGAGUAUCGACUGGAAACGAAGAGUGGAGCACACUGGAGUUUGGAAGACGGUUAUGCUGCUGGUUCUGAUGUAUUCAGCUAUCCAUUCAGAGGCAUGGGAUCGGGAUUUCAAGCUGGCAUGUACGUACAACUGAUGAGCACAAAGAGCGACCUGGAGUACCACUGCCGGGAAAGUCAAGGCUUCAAAGUGCUACUGCACGCUCCUGGAGAUUACCCCCAGGUCUCCACCAAGUUUAUUCGAGUGACGCUGGGUCGAGACAUUGCCGUGGCCGUCAAGCCGCAGAUCAUCAGCACGGAAGAAGCUCUUCAUGGUUAUGAGCCAGAUCGUCGGCAGUGCUUGUUUAACCGCGAACGGCAGCUUAAGUUCUUCAGGGUGUACUCCCAAUCAAACUGUGAGCUAGAAUGUCUUACAAACUUCACCCUGCUGAGUUGUGGAUGCGUGCCGUACUGGAUGCCCAGAUCGAACCAAACUCGAUGCUGUGAAACGUACGAACUCAAGUGCGUGCUCACAGCUCAAAAGAAUCUAAUGCUGCUAAACGCCCAAACUCAAAUCCAGCAACAGCCGGACAACAAAAACAGCUGCGACUGUCUACCUGCGUGCAACUCGAUUCAUUAUGAUGCCGAAAUUACUCAAUCGAUCUUCAAUUUUAAGGAGACGAUGAAGCUACGACUUGGACCUGCGAACAUCUCUUACGAGGAUAUUGUCGAAAACAAAAUUCUAUCAAAAUUGGAGAUCUACUUCAAGGACGUUCAGUUCAUCACUUCAAAGCGCACGGAGAUGUACGGCUUGACCGACUUUAUCGCUAGCUGUGGCGGAAUUCUUGGACUGUGCAUGGGCGUCAGCCUGCUUAGCUUGGUUGAGCUGUUGUACUUUGUUACGAUUCGACCAAUUAUGCUGAUCAAAAAUACUAUGCGGCGUAAGGUGAAGAUCGUACAGGUCGAGAGUUUUCAAUAG